AUGGCCUCGAAACGGCACUUGGAGUCUCUGGACCCCACGAUUUUCAACAAGCUACCUCGGCUGGAAGUGGAGCCUGCCGCCGGCUUCCCCACUGGCCUUUGCAAAUCCAGCCCCGUGCCCAACCCCAGCUCCGAAAACCAUUUCAACUACAAGGGCUCCUACUUCGCCUGCCCGCUGCAAAGCCCCGACGGCCCUGAGCAGCCCCUGGCACGCUGGAGCCCAGCCACUGCCUACCUGCACUACGGCACCGGCACCGGCGCCGGCAGCCAGCCCAUGCCGGCGGAGGGGCCGCUGGUGAGCUGCCUGCUGUACCGACCCGAGGGCCUGGGGACUGGGCUGCAGCUCCCGGGUGCCGAAAAGGCCAAGGACAGUCUGACGCAGGAGCCGCUGAUGGUGAGGGAGAAGUGGUCCAGCCCACCGCCAGCUCCGGGACACCCCUUCCCGGUGAAGAAGCCGGUGGCGGUGAACAAGGCGACUCCCCUGGCUGUCCCCAAGCCGGUGUACAGAGCCCCUGCGUGCUUUAUGGACCCCAGGAUGGCUCUGCCGCUGGGACCCCGGGCGGAGAGCCUGCGGCAGAGACUGGGGGAUGCGGACUGGGCUCUGCCCGCUGCCGCCCCCGCCAGCCACCCUCUCCACCCUGGAGAGCCCCGCGGCAGCACCGGGCUGCACAAGAGGGGUCCCCGCUCCAACCCCGGCCUCCCGCCACUGCACCCCAGCCUGACGCUGCCCGCCAAGGAGAAGGUGGGCUCCCCCAUCGCCUUCUCCCCCUACUAUGCCACCUUUGAGAAAUACAGGGGCCCCCCCAGCAACCCGUUCCUGGAAGCCAGCUGCCCCACCACCCACAGCCAGAGGAAGGUGCCCGAGCCCUCCAGCCUCAGCCCGGACCCCUGGGCCAAGCUCCAGCCACCCACCGCCAGCCCAGUGUACCGGGAGAGACCGCCGGUGUGCUACCCGCUGCCCCUCCAUAAAGCUGCCCUCCUCUACCACCCCCCGGUUCCCACCAUGGAGGCACAGCCCGGCGCCCUGCCUGGAGCCUACAAAGGUUUCGGCUUUGCGGGAAGCGGGGAGCCCUUUCCCAGCUCUUACCUUAAGCCUCAAGCCCCAAGGAGCUACUUUCCCAGCCCCUUGGACACCUACGUGCCGAGGGCGGCCGGCACCAGCGCGGGGGCAUCGCCGCCCGCCAAGUCGGCGGUGCUGCCGAGGGAUGCUGAGCCGCCGCGGCGAGCUGGGUACAUGCCGGGCCCUGGCUUUGCCUUCAGCCCCGGCGAUGUGGCCGUAUUUGGUACCUCCUUUGCCGGCACGGAGCCGGGCUGUGAGUGGCGCCAGGUGGAAAGUCCCCAGCAGCGAGCGGCAGCGAGGCAUGACGGUGCUUUCCAACCCAUCUGCGCCCCAGAGAAGGUGCCCGGGGGCUCUGGGGGGCUCGCAGAGAUGUUUUUCAAAGGAGAAGGAGGCUGGGUGAAACCCAGCCAGGGGGAGCAGGAGGCCCCUUACCCGGGGAGGAGGAGGGCCAGCCCAGCCCCCCAGGAGACCCCCCGUGGGGGACCGCCGGCUCCCAUCAUCGUAGGGAAGGGAGAUGCCUGCAAAGUCAAGGAUGCAGCCAAAGAGCUUGUCCCCCUUUCUCCGCCUGCCUCCCCUCCGCAGGGACUGAAAGACCCGAGGGAUGGCGAGGUUUCUUCUUCCUCCCCACCCAUGCCAGUGAUCAACAACGUCUUCAGCCUGGCACCUUACCGAGACUACCUGGAGGGGACCGAGGGCUCAGCCCCGGUCCCCUUCUGCAGGGAGCAUCUGCGGGGGGACACCCCACCCCAAAACAUGGGGGGCAGCCGGGAGCCCUCUGCCCUUGGAGACGUCUUGGUGAUGUCCAGCCUUCUGCCCGCGGGGUCGGUGGCCGGCUGGGGGCUGAAGACGGGCAGCGGUGCGGUCCAGAGCCCAGGGGAAAGCUGUUACAGAAGGGUCCCCGAAGAGCCAAAGCUUGUCCUCCGAGACCCGGGGUCUCGGGAAGGCAGCCCUGAUGGGGUGGGGAGUGGGCAGCCAGCCCCCGAGGACAUGGUGUUGGACCUCAGCUUAAAGAGAAAGAAAGCCGGGGAGACCCAGGGACCCGUGGGGGUGGAAGAGGGGGCCAAGCCCCAGGCGCUGCCCUUGCUGCUCGAGGUGGCCUCUGGGGACAAGAGCAACUUCCAGAGCUCAGCCACCUUCAUGUUCAAAAAAUACAAGAUCCUGCGCUCCCUCCUGCCCGGCACCGAGCCCCCCCGGCAGCCAGGUCCCCAGCCCAGCACCUCCGCUCUGCAGGAGGCUCGCCCGGACCCGCAGCAGCCCCCGCUGCCCGAAGCCCCCCGAGCUGCGGGAGAGGAGAAUGUCUCGCUUUCCAGGCAGAUGGAGUCCCUGGACCCGCAGACCUCUGCCGAUCAGUAUUUCACCACCCUGCACACCUGGCUCUGCGAUGUUAUUUCGUGCUCGGUGUCCAAGUCCUCCCCAGAGCUCCUGCAGGAGUGGUUGAAGAAGGCAGAGCUGGUGGAGGAGCUGGAUGAGAUGCCCAAAUCCCCCUCGAAACCCAAGAACGGCUCCAGGAUCCCCGAACCUCAGAAGCUCACCAAAGGCAAGGAGAUCUGGCUGGCUUUCCAGGACGUGGCCGCUCUCCUCGCCAACCUGCUCUCUCAGCUGCAGACCUUCAUGUUCGCUCGCAAGUGUCCUUUCCCCCACGUAGUCCGGGCAGGGGCCGUCUUCAUCCCCAUCCACGUGGUGAAGAAGAAGCUCUUCCCCAAGCUCUCCGGGGCCUCCGUUGACCAAGUGCUGCAGGAGCACAAGGUGGAGCUGCGCCCCACCACGCUUUCGGAGGAGAGGCACUUGCGGGACCUGGAGCUGAAGAGCUGCACCUCCCGCAUGCUGAAGCUCCUCGCCCUCAAGCAGCUCCCCGACAUCUACCCGGACCUGCUGAACCUCCACUGGCACAACUCCAUCAGGCAGCAGCUUGGUAGCCCUGGUGUGGAGGCGCUGAAAGCUGAUGGCAAAGCAAUAGCCAUGGGUAGCAUGAAGAAAAAGGACGCACAAAGCAACGUGCCAAGGGCGACAGCCGAACCGCCCACCCGUGAGGAUGGGAAAAGGAAGGUCCCCCUCGUCCCCAGAGCAGGGUCCUCUCCUGGCAGCGACACGGCUGCCGAGACGAAGGAGGCCGUCACCAGCAGACCUGGAGGGAGAUGCUCGGCUCUCACCAGCAGGGCGGCUGUGCCCGAGGAUGGGGACAGAUCCUGCCGGGAUGCUGGUGCCUGGAGGCCAUCGGUACCACAGGGACCCUCGGAGGACGAUGCUCGGGAUGGAAAACAGUGACAGGGACACAUGGUCCAGAGAUGCUCCAGGGCCAUGAGCAGGGAUGGCUGGUGUGGUACCCUGGCCCAUGGGGAUGGGCUCGAGCCCCUAGCAGCAGCUGGAGCUGCAUUUCUUCUAAUGUAUUGUCUUUUAGCGCAUCUCCCACCUCCAUCCACAACCGGCCAGGCUGCAGCCAGUGAACCGGGAGGGAAGGGCUGGAGUUCCCACGGAGCUGGAGGGCUGGAGCAGCGUCUGUACCUGCAAGAGCAGUAUGGAAAUGGCCACACCAUCGUUCUCAGCCUUGGAGAAAGGCUGGCUACUGCAGGGAUGAUUUACCACGUCCCCUCCUCUCUCCUCUAACUCACCUCUUCUGCUUUAUACGUGCCGUUCCCACUAAACAUACCUUCCUCCUGGUUUUUAAUCUUUGAAGUGCUACAGAGACUUAAGACAACGUUAAGGGUCAAGGGAACCGCAACUUCUGUAGUCACAGGACUGACUUUUUGGUUGUUUUAAAUGAAGACAUUUUAAAAAUGUUAUGAAUUUACCUUUAUAA